UCUUGUGGAGGCGUACGAUUAAAAGGGGGAUUUUAAUUUCAGUUUUAUUCCGAACGCUUCGAAAAUGAGUGCCACAAAUAUCGAACAGCUCCACGAUGACCGCCUAUACUAUAUAUUUGAGUAUUUACCCACUGAAGAUCGCAUUACUUUCGCCCAAGUGUGCCAAAGAUUUCGUCAGUUUUUUGUCAAUCAGUGCGGUAGUAAAUACAGCGAAUAUACCCUCGAUAAAGACAGUUCGCGGAUAGAUCUGAUAAAAUUUUGCACCUGCCGGGAAUUGGUAACGUCCCUGACCAUCGAUUUGGAUCACUUCAAUACGGCCCGAUGCUUUCGGAACUAUGGAUGUAUAGCGCCUGAAAACUGCUUUGCUAUUCUUUGUCAGACUUUGACUGGCAUGAUUUCGUUGGAGCAAUUGGUGGUGAAACAGAUGUAUUUUCUGAUCACACCCAUUUUAAAACCCUUCGAUCAAAUCCUAAAUGCCAUAAGACAUUUACUGAAACUGAAGAGACUGGAAAUUCAUGCUAUAGAUGACUGUAGCCUGGAUCGCCUGAGUCAACUGCGGCACCUCGAAGAUCUGCAGAUCCUCGUACCAAAAAUUCCACUUGCAACCCUCGUGAAGUCCUGCAAAUCCAAUGGCAAUCUGAGCAGCCUUCAUCUCGGCUAUGCCUGUGUUCAGAAGAACUUGAGAGAUAUAGUGCCGCAUUGUAAAAACCUGGAGGUUCUCAAGUUCGGCAUGUCGUCGAAUUCUGCUGAAUAUCUGCCACUUGCCAUGCUUCCCAAGCUCAAGGAACUCUCUUACUUCGGAAUUCGCAGAAGCGGCUCCUUUGAGCCACUUCUUUCGGCUCUGGCGGUCAAAUCGCAAUUGACACACCUGUCCAUAGACGGGGGAAGCCUCACUCUUCAGGAGACCUGCCAGGUGGUUCGAAUCCAGAGCCUGAAGCACUUUAAAUGUUUUUUCUCAACAACAGAGUGCGUGGAAAUGCUGGCCAGUCUCGCAAAUUUGGAGGAACUAUGUCUCUCGAUGUCCUGCCCUCUGGAUAUUUCCAAUUCGCUGCUGCCAAUCAUUGCAAACUGUAAAGAUCUAAAACUUCUUCGAAUUGCCAUGGGUAAUGUGAAUACAAAGAUUCUGGGCGAUGCUAUUAAACUAAGAAAAGCUGGGGCAAAGGAAAUCACAGAAGGCCUGCCAGCUUUGAUAGUAGAUAAAUAG